AUGACAGAAUCCAAAGGUUUGAAACAUUUGUUCAAACACGAGAAAUCUGAUAAGGAGAAAGAAGAAAAACAUGGAAUUUCUAAAUUCUUUCAUCAUAAUUCUUCAGGUGAAAUCUCCAGAACCCCAUCGGUUUUAUCAUUAAGAAGACAUAAUAGUCAAACUUUAAAGAAAGAACCACCCAAGAAAUUAAGUAAAGCCGAGACUUUAGCUCAUUUAUCCCAUCUCAAUGAAAAGAAUAAGAAACAUCUUGAAAGGAAUAAUGAAAAGUAUCCUGAAAAUGAUGAUGAUUCAUCAAUUGCUCCAAGUACUAUGAGUGUUUCCAAUAGUACAUAUUCCCAAAACAAUACACAUCAUGAAAAGAUUGUGUAUAAUCCAUUUGGAAUGAAUAAAGAUUUAGUCGAUGAUAAACCGAAAGAAGCCAGUUUCUAUAUGAAUAAUACUGGUGGAGGUAGAAUUUUAUCAAACCCUGUUCAUGACCCUAAUGAUUAUUUACCUGAUGACUUGAAGGAAGAUCAUAUCAAUUUAUUUGAUGAUUUUGAUAUUGACACCCAUGAAAAGAAGUUAGGUGAUGGAGGUUCAAGUGAUGUGAGGUUGAUUACUUUACAUAGUAAUAAGAAAAAAAUAUUUGCAUUGAAAAGGUUCACAUUAUUGGAUAAAGAAACGGAUUCUGAAUUUUAUAAAAGAGCUGUAAAAGAGUAUUUAAUAUCCAAAAAAGCAGGAAAAUCUCGUCAUGUUGUUAAUACUUUAUCAAUUGUCCGUAUUCAAAGUUUGAAUGACUUAAAUAGAGGUUGGGGAUUUGUUUUGGAAUUUUGCCCCGGUGGUGAUUUAUUUAAUUUAAUCGUCAAACCUGGUUGGAAAAGAACAAGUCUUAGUGAAAGAUAUUGUGUUUUCAAACAAAUAGCCCAUGGGUUAAAAUUCUUACAUGAUGAAGAUAUUGUUCAUAGGGAUUUAAAACCUGAAAAUGUUUUAAUUGAUCAAAAUGGUAUGGCUAAAUUAUGUGAUUUUGGAGUUAGUGAUUUCGGUCAUGAAGUUGAGGGGGACUUCAAUCUGGAAAUUAAAUUAUCAACAGCUUUUGUAGGUUCACCACCUUAUUCACCACCUGAAGUAAUGCAAUUAAAAGAAGUCAGUCAUUCAGAAUUGAAAAAUUGGGCCUAUGAUCCAUUCAAAAUGGAUUAUUGGGGUUUAGGGAUGUUAUUAUUUGUUAUAGUCUAUGGAGGUGUACCUUUCAAUUCUGCUUCACCUAAUGAUCAUGGAUUUAGAGAUUAUAAAUUCAAUCAUCAUAGAUUUUGUUCUAAUAACGUUAAUUUCAAAAAUAAUGUAGAUUACAAUAGAGGUCCUGGAUCUGAAUUCAAAUGGGCUUCACAAUUUCAAAAUCAUGGAGCUGCAAGAGUUGCAUGGAAACUAUGUGAUCCAAGUGUAAAAUAUAGAUAUGAUAUGAAAUUAUUAUUUAAUGAUCCUUGGUUUACCAGUCUAGAAAUGUGUACUUAUGAAGAUGAAGAUCAAAGUGUUACAGGGAUUGUUUACCCUAAUACUGGUGGAUCAGCAAGUCAUUCAACUUCCACUUCAAAUAAUGGUUCUAGAGCACCUUCAAGAACAAGUUCAAAACAUAAGAGAAAUGUUGAAGAAUUAAGUCAUUCGUUUAAAAGUAUGUUAGAUUUGGGUAACCCUAAAGAGAUCAAACAAUUAAAAGAAGCCCAAGAAUUAAACGAUAAACCAAAAGAUUCAUUGAUUCCAAAUGAAAAUGCCUUAGAUAAAGACGAUCAGGGAUCAAUAAAAUCAGCUUCUUCAUUGACACCAUUACAAUUAAAUUGUUGUGAUUGUAAAGGUGAUAAUAAUCUUAAUAAGAAACAAUUCAAAUCAAUGUUGGAUUUCCAAGGUGAAUUACCAAGUGUUAAAGAAGAUGUUAAUCUGAUAGCUGAAAGUGCUGGAAAGGAUGAAUGUACCUGUAAUUGUCAUAAAAAACCCGAAUCGAAACUUUCAUUUGACAGGAAAGAUAGUAUAUUGAAUUUGAAUGAUGAUGAAAAGUUACAAUCAAGAACCAGUUCUUCAUUAUAUUUAGAUGAAGAAGCCAAAGCAUGUGACGUCAAAUUAGAUAAUACUGGACUUUGUGAUUUAGGGUACAAGAUUAAGAAACAUCAUCAUCUUGAUAUAAGUGGAGUUUCAAUAUCGGGUAAUGGAAGUAAUAAGUGGCAUAGAUAA